GCUGCUGAAAUCAAAGACACUUCUCAAAAAUGUAAACAAAAGCAAGAUGCCUUGGAUAAGAAAGAUAAGCAAAUUGAAGAAAUUAAUCAAGCCUUGAGAAUGAAAAAAGAUGAAGAAAUGGACAGACAGAAAAAAAUACACAACACCCGUAAGAUGAUAGAGGACUGGCAGAAUGAGCUCAAUACCAUGGGAGUCUGUGAGAAUCUUCAGCCACAAAUUGAUGCUGUUAACACUGAGCUGAAACGUUUGCAAGAAGAACGGGCAAAUAUUGAUAGUGAUGUUAGUGAUCUAAGAACAGAGAAAAUUAACCAAGAGAGGGAAAAGAAAAGAAUAACCGGUUGCAUUGUAGAACUUGAUAAUAUAAUGAAUAUGAAGGAAGAGAAGCUUAAAGGGAGAUUCCGAGACACACACUCUGCUCUUAUGUGGCUAAGAAAGAACAAAGACAAGUUUAAAAAAAAUGUUUGUGAACCCAUGAUGCUUGCAAUCAACAUGAAAGACAACAGACAUGCUAAAUACGUUGAAAAUCACAUUUCUUCAAAUGACAUGAGGGCUUUCGUUUUUGAGAGCCAAGAAGAUAUGGAAAUGUUCCUUCUUGAGAUGCGUGAUCAUCGGAAACUAAAAGUGAAUGCUGUGUGUGCGCCUGCUGAAUCAUGUGCUGAAAGCAUACCUUCAAGACCUAUUGAAGAAUUACACCGAUACGGAUUUUUCUCAUAUUUACGAGAGUUAUUUGAUGCUCCUCGUCCUGUGAUGAGUUAUCUUUGCUCCCAGUAUCGUGUUCAUGAUGUCCCUGUGGGAACAGAGAAGACCAAAAACAUGAUUGAAAGGGUCAUACAAGAGACCAAAUUUAAGCAAAUCUACACAGCAGAAGAAAAAUAUAUCGUUAAAGUAUCUGCUUAUACAAACCAAACUCUCUCUAGCAACACGUCCCUGAGGGCAGCACAGUUUCUCACUAGUUCAGUGGAUACAGAUGAAAGAAGACAGUUGGAAAGCCAGCAACAGGAAGUUAGUAAUACACUAAAGUCAUUGGAUAUUCAGUUGAAUACAUUAUUUGAAAGGCAGAAACAUCUGGAACGCAGAGACAAUGAACUCAGGCAACAGAAGAAGGAGCUUUUAGAGAGAGGAAACAAAAGAAGACAGUUGGAAUCAAAAAUUGCUGUGAAGCAUGAUAGUUUAAGACAGAUGGAACAAGAUGCUAUCAACCUAGAAGAGGAAUCUCAACAAGCAAAUACGAAGAUCAAAGAAAUAAAUGUCCAAAAAGCAAGACUUGUUACAGAAUUAAUGCAUCUCAUAAAGGCUUUCACUCACUGAAGUCUUCUGCUCCAUGGGGUGAUCCAGUAAAAUUAAGUGUGAAUUGUGUAACUAUUUCAAUCUGUACAUUUUCAGAAUACUUCAUAUUUCUGUAUGCCCUUCCUUCCUCUUGGUUCAUCAUCUCCGUUUCUUUGCUUCUAUUAGAAAAAUAAUAGUCAUUAGUCCUCAUUCUAAGAAUACGGAAGAUCUUCCCUACAGAAGACUGCUGCUAUUUGAUAACUAAGAAAUAAUU